GUCUGUUUGUCCACAGGAAGCAAGCUACUGUAACUGUGUCAUGGCUGGCCUGCCAGUGCUUCCAUCUACCGUAUUACUUCUAACUUUGCACCUCGCGUCUGUGCAGAAUCAGACGGUGGAUUAUAACCCUGACGCACACCUGUCAACGCCACAGCUGGUAAGCAAGUACGGCUAUCCUGUGGAGAGUCACACAGUGCUGACCUCAGACGGCUACUUCCUCACUCUCCAUCGCAUCCCUCAUGGCCGCCAUAACGCGACGGUGUACAGUGGCGCCGUCAUUGUACAGCACGGCGUUCUGAGCAGCUCGGCGGACUGGGUAAUCCUCGGCCCAGACAAAGCUCUCGGUUAUGUGCUGGCAGACGCGGGUUAUGACGUCUGGUUGGGAAACGCAAGGGGCAACACUUACUCUAGAAGACACGUGAAGUUAACUACUGGAACAGAGCAAUUUUGGGACUUCAGUUGGCACGAAAUGGGAGUGUAUGACUUGCCCGCGGUUGUGGACUACAUCGUCAAUACGACGGGUGAACAGCGGCUGUUCUACGUCGGCCAUUCAAUGGGAACGACAAUGUUCUACGCUUUUCUGUCGGAACGACCUCAGUACAACGGAAAGAUCCGGGCGAUGUUCAGUCUCGCCCCCGUAGCGUUCUCAUCGCACAUGACGAACCCGUUGAGGGCAUUCAUCCUGACGAGAGGGCUCGAGGCGUUCUACAGAACCAUAAGGAAUCUCGGAGUGAUGAACGUCCUGUCAAAUUCGGACCCUUUUGUCGAGAUCGGCCGCCGUGCAUGCAGGGACAAAUCCUUCGCUAAAGCCGUCUGUGGAAACAUCCUCCUCGUUUUAGGUGGCCUUGGCAGCAGCCAGAUCAACGCAUCUGAUAUACCAACCAUCCUAGGACACACUCCUGCAGGAACUUCCACCAAAACAUUUCUUCACUUUGCACAACUGGUAAAAUCUGGGAGAUUCUGUCAAUUCGACUAUGGGCCUGAUGGGAACAGCCGUCUUUAUGGAGAUGUGAAGCCCCCGGCCUACAAACUGGACAACUUGAAGGCACCGAUCUCUCUGCACUACAGUGACCACGACUCACUCGCAUCUCAUACAGAUGUUCUGCUGUUACAUAAACAGCUCCCAAAUCCUAUUGGUUACUUCCGGGUGCCGCUGAGGGAGUUCAACCACCUAGACUUCCUGUGGGGGAAGGACGUCAGGACCUUGGUUUACGACUACAUUCUUGAACUCAUGAGCAAAUAUUAAUAAAGAGGACAUGGCUCAGGGAAGAUCUCACAAAAUUGAUGAUUUGAGGUUCUCACGGCAGUGAGUAUGAAGAUGGACGUUUUUACUACAACUCACAAGACAGUCAUCUUCAUCUCAUAGAAUGGUUCCACACAUGACACAAGUAAUGGACGGCAUAUAAAGAAAAUCAUUAACUUCAAUGCUUCAUAUGCUUCAAAUAAAAGGCAGAUAAAUCUAUUUUCAAAAGAGGUUGAUUCAAAAAUGAUAUGGCUUGAUUAUGUCCAAUAAUGUUCACUGGCUUAGUUGUGGGUGUGCGCUUAUCAGAUUUUCCGUGUUUCAACAAGAUAAAAAUGUUUUUGGGGGUGAAAAUCAACAAUAUCUGCAGUUAGAUGAUAUGAAAUAGCUUUUCACUCCAGUGUUGUACUUCACUGACUUAAGCGUUCACUUGAAUGAGUUAAACGUGAAACUGCGACGUUCAGAGAACGCAGCUGACAUAGUUGUCAGUCAUAAACACUGCAGUAGUUGAAAAGAAACCAAAAUUAUGUCAACAUGUUUUGAACAGUCACAGACUAGAAUGAUUCCUUGAAAUGGAUGAUCUUAAAAUAAUUUGGAACUCGGAGAGACAACAUAUGGAAGCUUUCUCAGAUAAUAUUACCCCAGCGGAAUAAAGGUUUUCCUCGAGAUUUUUGGACUUCAAUCAUAUCGAGUAAACAGUAAAGUUUCUGAAGUUCUGACAUUGUACAAUUCGAAAUGUUAGAAUGUAUUGAACUGCAUAUUAGUCUAUCUCAAUUUGGCGUGAGUCCUUUAGUGGACAUAAAAAUCAAAAUCUUAGAAAUGGAAUGCAAAUUUUUAGAAGGGAAUGCAUAUUAAACAAAUAUUAAGGUUGAAGAUAAAGUGACAGAAGGCUAAAACACAUUUUUUAUACUCUGAAACAAUCUUCGGUGGCAGUUAACAAUUUUCACAUUUAUUUAUAUUUCUGAAAUUUAUUUUAUGCGAUGAAUAAUACAAAAUUUGAUUUUGGAAACAGACUUAUUGAUGAAAGCAAAGUUGCUCAUGUGAAUUUGAGUAUGAUUAAUUAUGAACCUGAUAUAAUAGCAUCAACAGCUAUGAUUAAACAGUACACUUCUCACUAACUUGAAUGGCAAUAAUUUAUUUAGAACAGGCUAUGAUGCCAUUAAGAUAAAAAAUUUGAUAAUUUUAAUGUUUACUAGUCUCCACUCUAAACUUUAAGAUGACCCAGCAUUAGUCAACGUGAACACGUCACUGAUUGCAGCAACUACAGUUCUGAUCUUAGUUAUUUUCAUGUUACUUGUGUCCUUCUGCAAUAUUAUCAAGGUUUUCUGUAACAGAUGGAGAAUUGACAGAGUUAGCGUUGUUUCUAAUAUAAGCACCUUGUUGCAAGGUAAUAAUACUAACUUAUCAUAACAAAUAUGAAGUCCUUCUAAUAAAGUAGAAUAAAUGGUCCCUUUUAUGAAUCUUGAA